UUGCCACCUUUUCCCCAUCAUACAAAAGCGUCGAGAGAGAGGGACGGAGACCGUUACAUGCCGUCACCAAAAGCAAAAAUAGUUUAAAAAGGAAAAGUUUCUAAUUUAAGGGCUCGGCUUUGUCCGGAAUCUAUGAACAAGGAUCUUGGUCUUCUAAUUUAACGGUGGGAGCCUGGUGAAGAAGAAGGGAGGCCGGUUUUAACUGAAAAUCAGAAACCUUGAGGUCGUUCCUAGAAUUAAAUCUAAAAGUGGGUGGCUAAAGCGGAAAACCUUCCCGCCCCAUGCAUGGGCGCAAGCAAGCACCACACGCACAUGUGUGUGGCAUCUUCUUCCCCGCCGCGUGACGCCUGAGAAAACGAAAUACUAAAUUCUUCCAAGCGCACAUUCAACACUACCCUACAAAAACCAGACCACCCACCACCACCACCUCUCUCUCUCUCUGUCUCCCUCCCUCUUUAUGUGUGUAUUUGUAGCAGCAAUCUGUUUUGAGCUUAGCGACGCAUUGGAGACCCAAUGCAGUUUCAGGCUUGGGAUUUGUAGCCAUGUCGUUCCCCAACGCCCACUUCCUCCGCCACCACCACCACCAUCUCAGGACCACCACCACCACCUUCUUCUUCCAUCUUCUCCUGCAACUCUUUCUUGCUCUGCAAGCAACUGCAGAUAACGCUGAGUCGUUAGCGCUCUUCUCCCUAGUCCGCAACCUCACCGCCAUCCCUUCCCAGCUUUCUAACUGGAACCAGGCCGACCCUUCACCCUGCAACUGGACCUUCGUGACGUGCUCCCCUGCCGGCCUCGUCACCGACCUUAGGGUCGAUUCCCUCGAGCUCGCCGGCGCCACGCUCUCUCCUCAGCUCGCCCGCCUCCGCUCCCUCCGCACCCUCGUCGUCUCCAGCUCCAACCUCACCGGCGUCAUUCCCGAUGAGAUCGGAAACCUGACCAACCUCGUCGUCCUGGACCUUAGCGCCAAUGCGCUCACCGGACCCAUUCCGUCCUCCAUUGGCAGGCUGUCGAGCCUGCAGACGCUCGCGCUAAACUCGAACCAGCUUGAUGGCGCCAUCCCCUUGGAGAUUGCCGGCUGCUCUCAGCUCCGGAACCUACUCAUCUAUGACAACCGCCUCACAGGCACCAUCCCGCGGGAGCUCGGCGUGCUGGCCUCUCUGGAGGCUAUUCGUGCCGGCGGGAAUCUCGGAAUCUCCGGUGAGAUUCCCACCGAGCUAGCGAAGUGCUCGAACCUCACCGUGCUGGGGUUGUCGGAGACAAAGGUCUCGGGCGGGAUACCGCCGGAGUUCGGGAGGCUCGGCCGGCUUCAGACGUUGUCUAUAUACACUGCGAUGCUCACAGGGGAAAUACCGCCGGAGAUCGGGAACUGCUCCGAGCUCGUCAACCUCUAUCUGUACGAGAACUCGCUCUCCGGAUCGAUCCCGCCGGAUAUCGGACGGCUGCAGAAGCUCGAGAAGUUGCUUCUCUGGCAGAAUGAGCUCGUCGGGGCGAUUCCAAAGGAGAUUGGGAACUGCAGCCAGUUGAAGACGGUGGACCUCUCGCUUAACUCGCUCUCGGGAGGGAUCCCACCUGCGUUCGGCAGCCUCGCAGGGCUACGGGAGCUCAUGCUGAGCGACAACAACAUCUCCGGUCCGAUACCUUACCAGAUCGGCAACUGCACCGCGCUCUCGCAGUUGCAGCUGGACACCAACGAGCUCUCCGGCCCGAUACCACCGGAGAUAGGCCGGCUAUCCGGCCUUACGGUAUUCUUCGCAUGGCAGAACCGGUUAGAAGGAUACAUCCCGGCGGAGCUCGGUGGUUGCGCCGCCUUGCAGUCGCUCGACCUCUCGCACAACUCCCUAUCCGGUGCCAUCCCUCCGUCUAUCUUCCAUCUCCAAAACCUGACGAAGCUCCUCUUCCUCUCGAACGACCUGUCCGGACCGAUCCCUCCGGACGUCGGCCUUUCGGCGUCGCUCGUUCGGCUUCGUCUGGGAGGAAACCGCAUAUCCGGCAGCAUUCCACCGGAGAUCGGUCAGCUCACAAGAUUGAACUUCCUGGAGCUCUCCGACAACCAGCUCUCCGGCGAGUUGCCGGAGGAUAUAGGAAAUUGCAGCCAGUUGCAGAUGCUCAACCUCAGCAAUAACACUCUUCAGGGAGCACUUCCGGCCUCGCUGGCGUCGCUUGCCCUACUCCAGGUACUCGAACUGUCGAGAAACGGCUUCGUGGGUCAGAUUCCAGCGAGUUUCGGCGGCCUCAAGUCCCUCAACAAGCUCAGCCUGAACAUGAACGCUCUCAACGGCUCCAUCCCAGCCGCACUCGGUCAGUGCUCCGCACUCCAAAUGCUCGACCUGAGCAGCAACCAUUUGUCCGGCGAGAUACCGCCUGAGCUCUGUCGCAUUCAGCCGCUGGACAUCGCCCUCAACCUCAGCAACAACCAGCUCUCAGGUCGUAUCCCUCCCGAAAUCUCCGCCCUAACGAAGCUCUCGGUUCUGGAUCUCUCCCACAACAUGCUCACCGGAAACCUUACCGCCCUCGCCCCACUCGACAACCUCGUCUCCCUCAACAUCUCCUAUAACCGUCUCACCGGCAACCUCCCCAACACGAAGCUCUUCCGGCAACUCUCCGACAGUGAACUCGCCGGCAACGACGGUCUCUGCACAACAUGUAUCGCCGGCGAGCCCUCUGUCCCGGCGGUCGGCCGGGCAGCGAGGGUGAGGCUAGUACUCGGAGUACUCGCUUCAUUGCUGGCAGCACUGCUGGUCGGUAUCCUGGUAGCAGUGCGCGCGCGGCGGAUGGUAAUGAGAGAGGACUCGCCGGCGUCUUCCGACCUCGACGACCCGGAGACGAUGAUGGCGUGGCCGUGGCAGUUCACGCCCUUCCAGAAGCUGAGCUUCACGGUGGAUGAGGUCGUCCGGUGCCUCGUGGACGGGAACGUCAUCGGAAAGGGCUGUUCGGGCGUGGUGUACAAGGCCGACAUGGGCAACGGAGAGGUAAUCGCCGUGAAGAAGCUCUGGCCUUCGUCCAACGACUUCACCGCGACGACGACGACCACCACCACCACCAUCAAGAACAACAAGAACUUCAUCGUCAAUGGCUGCGUGGCGAACAAUCGGGACUCCUUCUCUGCAGAAGUGAAGACGUUGGGCUCCAUUCGGCACAAGAACAUAGUGAGGUUUCUUGGUUGCUGCUGGAACAAGAGGACUCGGCUGCUGAUGUACGACUACCUGCCCAACGGCAGCCUGGGGAGCCUGCUGCACGAGAAGGAGAGGACGGGGCUGGUGCUGGACUGGGGCGUGCGAUACGAGAUCAUACUGGGCGCCGCGCAGGGCCUGGCCUACCUGCACCACGACUGCGUCCCUCCCAUUGUUCACAGAGACAUCAAGGCCAACAACAUUCUCAUCGGCAUGCAUUUCGAGCCCUACAUCGCCGACUUUGGCUUGGCCAAGCUGGUCGACGAUAACGACUUCGCCAGGUCCUCCAACACCGUCGCCGGCUCUUACGGCUACAUUGCACCAGAGUAUGGAUACCGGAUGAAGAUCACUGAGAAGAGCGACGUCUACAGCUACGGUGUUGUGGUGCUGGAGGUGUUGACAGGGAAGCAGCCCAUUGAUCCCACCAUACCGGAAGGGCUGCAUGUGGUGGACUGGGUUAGGCAGAGGAGGUAUUCCUGUGUGGAAGUUCUGGAUCCUCAACUCCGUGGGCGGCCAGAUUCUGAAACCGAAGAGAUGGUACAGGCGGUAGGGAUUGCGCUGCUCUGUGUAAAUCCAUGCCCGGAAGAGCGGCCCACGAUGAAGGACGUGGCGGCCAUGCUCAAGGAAAUUAGGCAUGAAAGGGAGGGCGAGUGCCCCAGCAGCAAGGUUGACAUGCUGAUCAAAGGACCAUCAACGCCGGACAACCAAAUCCGGGAGCUAGUCAAGCCGGGCGCCGCGGCUGCUGCUUGCUCUCAAUCAAACAGUAACAGUAGCAGCAGUUUCUCCACCCCAACUCUUCAUUACACCUCUUCUGUUGUCUCCGCGAAAGCUGCCUUUCAUUGAUCUAUACUAGACAGGAUUCAUCUAGUUUCACAUCCUUUUCAUUAUUAUUUUUGUUCGAGGAGUCCAUAAUCAGUUAUCUUUGUUAUGUUUGCAACGAGAUGAACUGCGGCGGUAUUAUGUAAAUAUGAUGGAAGACCUUUUCUAGAGAAUGCAUUAAUCUUGUUGCUAAUUUGUUACUGCUCUCUCAGGGAGAGAUGGUGGCUUACUUCUAUAUGAAAUAACUAGUCAAAUUACCAAGA